CAUAUCUAAAAGGCCAAUAAAACCCAAAAAUACAAAGCCCACAAAAAGUAUAAGUCUCUAAUUAAAAACCCAACAUAAGCCUCUGAAUUAAACCCUAGUCGAAUUACCACAGGUUCCGCCCCCUCAGCCGUUUACAUCAACAUCUUCGGGAUGACCAAGGAGGAAGUGAAAUCGGUGGUUCCAGAAUCCGUUUUGAAGAAGCAGAAAAGGAGUGAGGAAUGGGCUUUGGUUAAAAAGCAGGAACUUGAAUCAGAGAAGAAGAAAAGAUCUGAAACAAGGAAACUCAUUUGGAGUAGAGCCAAACAAUACGCUAAGGAAUACGAUGAUGCGCAAAAGGAGUUGAUUAGCUUGAAGCGUGAAGCUAAGCUUAAGGGUGGAUUUUAUGUUGACCCUGAAGCUAAACUCUUGUUCAUUAUCAGGAUCAGAGGUAUCAAUGCCAUGGAUCCAAAAUCAAGGAAGAUUUUGCAGCUUUUGCGUUUGAGACAGAUUUUUAAUGGUGUCUUUCUCAAGGUCAACAAAGCCACCGUGAACAUGCUCCACAGAGUUGAGCCUUAUGUUACAUUCGGGUAUCCUAACCUGAAGAGUGUCAGGGAAUUGAUCUACAAGAGAGGAUACGGCAAAGUCGACAGGCAGAGAAUUGCUUUGACAGACAACUCUAUCAUCGAGCAGGUUUUGGGGAAGCACGGGAUAAUUUGCAUUGAAGAUCUUAUUCAUGAGAUACUGACGGUUGGACCUCACUUCAGAGAGGCAAACAACUUCCUGUGGCCUUUUAAGCUGAAAGCACCCCUAGGUGGUUUGAAGAAGAAAAGAAAUCAUUAUGUUGAAGGUGGUGAUGCUGGCAACAGGGAAGAUUACAUCAAUGAACUCAUUAGAAGAAUGAAUUAAUUUUUGUAAUAUCUGUAUUGUUUAAGAUUAAUUAUCCAGGUUGAGACAUUGUUUUUGAUAAUUUCAGUUUUGUUUUGUAAGUUUUAAAUCGUUCCAUUUUAUAUGAUACUUGAGAGGACUGAUGAGAUAUUUAGUUCGUUGUCUGCAUUGCAGUGAAAGAAAUUAAUCUGUUUUGAUGCUUAUCGAUUCCA